ACUGACACUCACCACUGAGCUGGCAGACCCUCUCACAUUUUCUCUCCUUCACUCUGUCUGCUCCACACACACACACACUUCCUCUUGCUCCCUCACUCCUGCACACACACACUCUUCACGGCUCUCACUCCAUCGCUCGCUUCCCUCUCAGUCGUCGCUCUGCAGCCACACGGACAGUCUCCACUUUAGCUCCCGUGCAUCCUCCGGCUCGUCCUGCUCUCCUGCGCCGUGCGUUUGGCUCACGAGCAUCUGUCAUGGUCCAGCUCGCGCUCAAAGUGCACGCACAGAGCGGGAUAAUGACUGGAGGGCUCCAAAGAGAGAAGCAGGGUGAUCGAAGGGAUUGAAAGAAGUGAAGGAAAAGAGCCUGCUCCUGCUGAAAGGUGGGAAGACAGUUUGAUUUGGAUUAAACUGGCUGCGUCUCUGCUCUAAAGUUUCCACAGCGGGUGAUGUAGAACCGGGAACCUGCUUCUGGGUUUGCCACACCCCAACACGGCUCCACGCCACGCCUCCUCCCAGAACACCCCUCUUGUGGUCAUUUCACUGCAGCCGAGACAGCUCAUCAACAACCUCAACUUGGAAACCUCACAAAUCGCCAAUGCUUACAAGGAACUGCCUGCUGCUGUUCCUGUGGAUUCUUGUAAACGAGGAUUUGGUUUUUUCUUCGCGUGCACCUUCAUCAUCGCUGGGACGGAGCAGAGCGGGGAGGGAGCACGCCAGGAGCUCGGUGGGCCCGGUGAGGAAUGGGGCGGCUCGAUUCCAGCGGGUCAAGAGGGGAUGGGUGUGGAACCAGUUCUUUGUGCUGGAGGAAUACAUGGGGUCAGACCCGCAGUACGUGGGCAAGCUCCACACUGACCUCGAUAGGGGGGACAGUUCGGUGAAGUACACCCUCUCGGGGGACGGUGCUGGAUCCAUUUUUACCAUUGACCAAACUACGGGGGACAUCCAUGCCUUAAGGAGUCUCGACAGGGAGGAGAAGCCUUACUACACCCUGCGCGCCCAGGCAGUGGACAUCGUAACCAACAUCCCCCUGGAGCCUGAAUCUGAAUUCGUAAUCAAGGUCCAAGAUAUCAAUGACAAUGAGCCAAAGUUCUUGGAUGGGCCGUAUACAGCCAGUGUUCCUGAGAUGUCACCAGUGGGGACUUACGUGACGCAAGUAACAGCCACGGAUGCAGAUGACCCAACUUAUGGAAACAGUGCCAGAGUGGUAUACAGCAUCCUCCACGGCCAGCCGUACUUCUCUGUUGACCCUAAAACAGGGGUUAUAAAAACAGCCUUGCCCAAUAUGGACAGAGAGGUGAAGGAACAGUACCAGGUUCUAAUCCAGGCCAAGGACAUGGGGGGUCAGCUGGGAGGACUGGCCGGGACCACCAUCGUCAACAUCAGCCUGAGCGAUGUCAACGAUAACCCACCCAGGUUCUCAAAAAGUUUCUUUCACGUACGAGUUCCUGAAUCCUCAGCAGUGGGCUCUGCCGUCGGCAGGAUAAAAGCCCACGAUUUGGACAUCGGGAGGAAUGCUGAAGUAGAGUACACCAUCGUUCCCGGAGACGGAGGCGCCAUGUUUGAUAUCACCACCAAUGAGCACAACCAAGAAGGAAUCAUAAUACUCAAAAGACCCCUGGACUACGAAGGCAAGAAGAUCUACACCUUCAAGGUAGAAGCCGCAAACGCUCAUUUGGAUCCACGCUUUCAGAGCUUUGGGGCCUUCAAAGACACAGCAACAGUGAAGAUUAACGUUUUGGAUGUGGAUGAGCCCCCGGUGUUCAAUAAGCCCUCCUAUGUGAUGGAUGUGUACGAGGACACGCCCGCGGGGACCAUCAUUGGAGCGGUGACGGCUCAGGAUUUAGAUGCUAGCAGCAGCCCAGUCAGGUAUUCCAUUGACUGGAAGAGCGACUUGGACAGCAACUUUGACAUCGAUCCCGUGGAGGGCACCAUCUCCACCAACGAGCUGCUCGACAGAGAGAACAUCGCCCAGCACAACAUCUCCAUUGUGGCAACCAAGCUCAACAGUCCGGUUCUGACCAGCCGAGUAGCUGUCACAGUCCACGUGUUGGACAUAAACGAGUUCCCUCCUGAACUAGCCAGUUCUUACGAGACCUUUGUGUGUGAAAAUGCCAAAGUGGGACAGGUGAUUCAGAUAUUCAGCGCUAAAGACCAGGACCUACCCAGUUCUGGACAGCAGUUCUCCUUCAGGACAUCAAAAGACGACGUAAAGAACAAGAAUUUUACAAUUCGAGACUUUGGAAAUAACACAGCUGGAAUUGUAACUAAGCGGAGCGGCUUCAGGCGGCGUCUACAGGAGAUCUACUUCCUGCCCGUUGUGAUCGACGAUAAUGGCUACCCACCAAAGAGCAGCACAGGAACCCUCACCAUCCGCGUGUGUGGCUGUGAACUGGACGGAUCCCUGCUAACAUGCAGCGCAGAGGCCAUCUUCCUUCCUGUGGGUCUGAGCACAGGAGCGCUCAUCGCCAUCCUUCUGUGCAUCAUCAUCCUGUUAGUUAUCGUGGUUCUCUAUGUGGGCUUAAGACGACAGAAGAAAAAGGAAACCCUCAUGUCGUCCAAAGAGGACAUCAGAGACAACGUCAUUCAUUACGACGAUGAGGGGGGAGGCGAAGAGGACACGCACGCAUUUGACAUGGGGACGCUUCGCAAUCCCAAGGUCAUCAAGGACAACCUGUUCCGUAGGGAUGUCAAGCCAGAGAUGAAGAGAGGCCCCAGGCCACCCGUGUCUCAGGACAGCGCAGACAUCCAAGAUUUCAUCAGUCAGCGUCUGAAAGAACACGACACGGACAACUCGGCCCCGCCGUAUGACUCCUUGGCCACCUACGCCUACGAAGGCGAUGGCUCCCUUGCCGAGUCUCUCAGCUCCAUCGAGUCCCUCGCUUUAGACUUUGAGGAUGACUACGAUUACCUCAGUGACUGGGGGCCUCGCUUUAAGACACUGGCAGGGAUAUUCGGAGAGCAGUCAGAAACUCAGUCAAAUUCAACAAACACGGAGAACACACAUUGAUGUUAUUCACAGACUCUUAAGUGGGAAAAUUAGUUUUCUUGUUUGCUGGUGUCACAUUAUUUCAUCGUCUUUUUUCAGUUGUGGUUUGUUCUUUGGUUUCAGGCUCGCUGUUUUGUAUUUUCUAUGGUACUUUAUCAUGCUCAGUCCCACAAUUGUACAAAAAACAUAGAAAAUAAAUGGGGGGACACAUGCUGACAUGAUUAGAUGAGCAGCCAUUCAAUUUCUUGUCAUUUGAAUGCAGUUUCUUGUCUUAUGCUUUGUUUCCUCAUGGGGGGGGGGGGGGGGGGGGCAUGGAAAUGUUAUCAUUUCCUGGAACAUCCUUUAAAGUGCCUCAAUAUAAUUGUUCUUUCACUUGCUCCUUCAUGCCACAUAUCCAGUAUUUUCUUCUUUUGAAGCCCCAUCGGCUAAGCUGAUAGAGUCAGCAUGGUGUUCCGUGCUCUGACAUUAAGACCGACGUCAGUGGGGACAGCGAGGUGGCCCGAGUUCGGCCAAAGAUGUCUUGAAUGUUAUUUAUUGUUCUAUUUAUUUAUUGAAUGACUGCAUUUGAUUGGACGUCUGUAUUUAUCUAUUUAUCAUCGAUCUGUAUUUUUUAUUUUUUGGAAACACUUGAGGAUUUUGUAACAAUUAAAAGGCCCACAUGAAAAUGUAUGUUUCUGUUAGAUGGAUCCUGUAAAUAGACUUGUACUAGAGUUGUAAAAAAGAUGUGUUAGGCCUGGAUAAAUAUUGCAGUUUGAUGAUGUAAUAAGCACUGUUUUCUGAAAUAAAUGACACUUGUACAAAAAACACAUCUUAACUGGUUGUAUGUAAGUAAACAAAACACAAAAUAUUGA